AUGUUGCAGAGAGCAGCAAGCAAUGCAUAUUCAUGGUGGUGGGCUAGCCACAUCAGGACAAAGCAGUCAAAAUGGCUGGACCAAAACCUCCGAGAUAUGGAGGAGAGGGUGAAAAACACUCUCAAAAUCAUUGACCAGGAAGGGGACUCCUUUGCACAGAGGGCAGAAAUGUACUACAGGAAGAGGCCGGAACUUGUAGGCUUCGUGGAAGAAUCAUUUCGGGCAUACCGGGCUUUGGCAGAGAGAUAUGAUCGCCUAUCAACAGAGCUACAAAGUGCCAACCACACCAUUGCUACCGUUUUUCCUGAGCGGGUUGAGUAUGCAAUAGGUGAUGAUGAUGAUGAUGAUGAUGAAGAAGAAGAAGAAGAAAAUCUCCCUGGAACAUCCACUUCUUUUAAUGAUCCAAACAAUUUGGACAUGGUUGAUAAGGCUGUCCCUCAUUCAAGUAUCCCAAAAGUCCCCAAGAUUCCAACUAAAGAUUUCAGGAGCCUAUCUAUGUCGAUCUCAAGGAAAGGUCCACCCAAGAGGACCUCUAGUUCUGCUAAAGCUGCUGUUAUUCAAACUUCAGGACUGAGCAAAGCUGAGGCAUUAAAAGAGAUUGAUAAGCUUCAGAAAGAAAUUUUGGCACUACAAACUGAAAUGGAAUUUGCACAAAGGUUGUAUGAACGUGGAUAUGAAAAGUACUGGGAAUUUGAAAACCAAAUCACUGAAACACAUAAAAGAGUUUGCAGCUUACAAGAUGAGUUUGGCAUAAACAAUGUUAUUGAAGAUGAUGAAGCGCGAAGUUUGAUGGCUACCAGUGCUCUAAAAUCAUGCCAACAGACUUUAGUUAUGUUGCAAGAGAAACAUGAGAAAUCAGUGGAGGAUGCAAACGCAGAGCACCAAAGGAUUAAGAAAGCCCAUGAGAAGUUUGGGACCCUUAAAGGUGAAAUUCUUUCGAAACAAAUGAAUUGGCAGGAGAGCAUGAGACCUGAAUUGAAGGACUUAGACCAAGAGAUAAUUGAUGAGGAACAAGAGAGACAUGAUAUUCUUUCAAAACAAACAAAUUGGCCGGAGAGCAUGAGAUUGGAAUUGAAGGACUUAGAACAAGAGAAACAUGAUAAGAUUGUGAAACUAGCUGAUGUGAAUUCAAAAACCUCUCUCACUGUGAUGGAACUGGCAGAGAAUAUUGAUCAACUUGUAACUCAUGUUGUUGCUCUUGAAACUUCUGUCUCUUCUCAGGUUGUUUUGGUGAAUAGACUAAGGUCAGAAACAGAUGAACUUCAUGCACACAUUAGAAGCUUGGAAGAGGCCAAGAAGACUCUGAUGCAAAGUUCGGACAUAAUGAGUAACAGGAUAAAAGAGUUAGAGGAGGAGGUGCUGAGAAUGAAAAAUCAGAUCCAAUGUUUGACAGACCAAAAUAAUAACCUCCAAACACAUUCCACAGAAGCAAGUUGUAACCUUGAUCAUCUUUCUGGGAACUUGCAGAGUGUGAAGCAGGAUGAGGAGGUUGAGGAUACGGUCAUAGUCGACAAAGUGAGAGCUGUUCCUGAUGCCAAAGCAGAAGAGAACUUGGAUGAAGAAAGUGAUAAGAUCGCUCCUUAUGAUGAAUCAAUAAUCUCAAAGGAUGUGAUGGCAGAAAAGGUAGAGAAGAAUGAUGAUGACACUCUAGCACUCAAUAAUUCCAUUGAAGUUGAAAGAGAAACCCAGCCUAACUCCAGCAAUGACCUCAGUUUGAUGCCUGAAAAGGGAAAAACUCAGGAACCAAUACAGCAGGAAAAAGAUGAGAAGCAAGAUUUACCUGAGACGGUAGAUGGGAAUCUUGACGUUAAGCCACAUGAUUCAGAGGCCAAGGAGGAAGAAGAUCAACCAAUCUGGAAAUCACUUUUUGUAAAGGGGUUAGAGGACAGAGAAAAGAUUCUGCUAGAGGAGUUAACUACAGUUUUUACUAAUUAUAAGUCAGUAAGGAACACGCUCAGUGAAGUGGAGCAGAAAAACCGGGAUAGCAUCUUUGAACUGGCAAUGCAGGUAAGAGAAAUGAAGAGUGCUAUUACCUCGAAAGAUGAGGUGAUCCAAUAUUUACAACAGAAAUUAGGCCGCCCAACAGUAGGUCCUUACACUACACCAGAAAAUAAAUACAUACAACAGAACAUGCCUCAAACAUCUCUGGGCCCCCAGGUCUCUAAAAAUGGUUCGGACCAAUAUUUACUUGCUGAUUUCUUUGGUGAACUAUAUCCUAAUUCCACAGAAACAAAUGAAAAAUCACAUGGAAACUUGAAAUUAUUACUAGAGAAUGACAAAAAUAAGAUGAGGAGGCUAAAUCAUAUAACGAAACAAAAUGCUACUUUAGCUAUUCAAGAAAAAAUUCGUUCAGACAUUGAUGAUCUGUUGGAGGAAAACCUGCAAUUCUGGUUGAGGAUUAGCUCUUCAGUUCAGCAGUUACAAAAGUUCCAAUCUUCAAUCCAAGAUUUGCGUGAAGAGUACCAGAAACUAAAAAAUAAACAGCAUGAAGGAAGUGGUAAAAAACAUUCUUUACAAUCAGAUGCCAGACCAAUAUACAGACACCUGAGAGAGAUACAAACUGAACUAUCAUUAUGGUUGGAACAUAAUGCAGUACUGAAAGAUGACCUACAGAAUAGAUUCUCAUCCUUAUGCAUCAUUCAAGCUGAGAUAUCAACAAUAUCCAAUACAGAUUCCAAAGCAGAUAAGACAGAUCUUUGUAAAUAUCAGGCUGCAAAGUUUCAAGGUGAGAUCCUCAACAUGAAACAGGAGAACAAUAAGAUUUUUGAGGAACUUCAUGCAGGGCUCAAUCGUGUGAAAUCACUGAAGGUUGAUGUUGAGAAGAUGCUGACACAACUGGAUGAGGAACUUGGGUUAAAGAAGUACAUAACAAAUCGGGCUCGAAUUCCCUUAAGGUCUUUUUUAUUUGGGGCUAAGUCGAAGAAGCAAAAGCCAUCAAUGUUCUCAUGUGCGACUCCAGCAUUGCAGAAACAAUACAGUGAUAUGGCAGCUGGAGUUACAAAGUAGAUUAGCCUUUCUCUACUUUUCUUUGUUUUAUUCACUUUUUAGUGUAUCAAGAAUCAUUGUCUGGAAUCUUUUCUCUUCAUUCUGAUUGUCUUAGAUAACCUUUGCAGAUAGAAAUUGAAGAGAGGUUAU